GAGCUGUCAUAUGUCAAUUGACAAUUUUGUUUUAGUCAACAAUAAAAUUAUUAAAAGUUUUAGGUUUUAAAACGUGAUAAAAAUUGUUUUAAAUACAGAUACCUCCUGCAUGGUAUUAAUAUACUUGAAAUUUAAACAAAAGGCAAUUUCGUCUGCCGUUUUCCAGAUAAACGUAAAUAAAAAUGAUCGAAGAGGCCAACAAGACUGUUUGGUGUGGAAAUUUAUCGGAACAAGUGACCGAAGAACUUCUUUAUGAGUUAUUUGUUCAAGCAGGUCCAGUAGAGAAGGUUAUAAUACCAAAAGACAAAGAUGGUAGACAAAAGAAUUUCGCUUUUAUAACAUACUGCCAUGAAGUAUCCGUGCCAUAUGCCAUUAACCUAUUCCGUGGCACAGCACUGUUUCAUAGAACUCUGCUUCUACAGAAUAGAGGUCGAAUGGCGUUAUUGCCACCACCAAUUAGAUGCUAUGGCCCUGAAGCCAGUCUCGACUUUAAUGCUCAAUCGAGUGUAACACAACAGUUCACUGAUAUGACUGAUAAGCUUAAGGAGGAAAAUCCCCAACCGGUCCACUUACCCACACAGAGACAAGACAUGAGUGACAAACUUGUAGUUGCUAGUUUGCAGGGUAAUUGGUCUAACCGACACCAUCCAUAUAGGUCUAAAGAGAAAUUUCAUAAUCGCGACGACUACAGACCUAGAGACGGCCAUGACAAUUAUAACAGAGUUAAAACAAGCCAUUGGAGAGAAAGACGGGCCCAUAGGACGAGGAGGCGCGAUUAACUAUUAGGAUCUAACAUCUAAUUUAAUAUAGCAAUUAUCUGUAUUCCUAGUUAAAACACUUUGAUAGACUUUUAUUGCAAUAUAUGAAAAUAUUUUUAAUAUUUGCAUAUAUAUACUUUCUAUUUUAAACCUACUUUUCCAAAUAACAUAAUAUGUUCACAUCAAAAAUUAGGGAAAUCCCAAAACAGUAUAUUGAAAAGAGUUUUAUUUACUUAAAUUGUAAACAUUGUUUUUUAUAAAAAUCUUUUAUGGCAUAUAAUUUAAUACUACACCUAGUUCAUUAGCUAAUCCCCGGAAUGUGUCCUGUAAUAUAAAAUAAAAAAACAAACAUAUAAUUUUUAUAUUAUCUGUAUCAUAGCAUUCAGAAUUUAGAUUAUGAAUGUACAUUAUUGUGUAUUGAAUUUUACAAGUGUACUUACUAUUUUAUUUUUAUACUUGUACAUAACGUAGCUAAGUAUUUCAUAGAUCAAUUCUAGGGACACCAGAUAUAGUACUACUGAUACUAUCUUCUCAUCUGUAUCCAAUAUGUCUGAUUUAAGGAUUUUGAAUAUGAGAUAUGUGCAGAACGGCCCUCUUAGAGACACAAACAUCAACAAAUAUAUCAUCUCAAUUAUGUAAAAUGGCAUCGUUUGACCAUAACCUUCAUUACGCAGAAGCCUGUAAUGUUUUUAGAACAAAUAAUAAACUGAUAAUAAAUCUAUUUUAUAUAUUACA